CCACAUACCGCACACAGGAUUCGGGGACAUCUGCGUGCCUGGUGUUUAAAACACACAACUACGUUAGAAAGAAUCACACCUCCACUCACCCCCCCACUGCCCACUAUCUGAAGUGAAACAGCCGACAAACUGGCCUCUUCCAUUACCCCCCAAAAACACCCAUUGUUUCUCUGCGAGGACGCGAGGCGCUAACAUUAGCCUGCUUGCUAACGUUAAAAACACCGGGGACAGACAUUAGACCGGCUGUGCGGGACAUGAAGCGGACGGGGAGGAGACGCAGCUCCGUGUGGGACUGCUUUGAACAAGUGGGUAACUUUGUGCGCUGCAUGAAAUGUGACGCUAAGCUGAAGUACUGCGGCGGAGCCACGAGCUCCAUGAUUAACCACAUGAGCAGGCACCAUCAGUCCCCGACGCCGCUGGACGAGGACGAGAAACCGGUGAUUUGUACCGUCCAGUGCAUCGAGGAGGAGAGGAGCGUCGGUUCGGACAUCAUGCAGGUCGCGGUCAUGUCCCCGAACAUAAGCCUGAGCCUCAACCCCCCUGAGCGUGACUGUGGCGAGAGGAAGCGGCUCAAGCGGAGCUCCGUUUGGGACAUUUUCGUCAAAGUGGACAACGAGGUCCACUGCACGAUGUGCGACACGAAGCUGAAAUACAGGAGCAGCACCACCAGCAUGAUGUACCACAUCAAAAACAAGCAUCCGGACACGAUGCCUAACGAUGGCGUGUCCCUGGCAACACACACAGAGGUGACUGAACUCAUCUCCAGAAUGAUAGAGAAGGACAUGCUUCCCAUCAGCAUGGUCACCGGGGAUGGGUUUCGUGAGCUCCUCGCGUACACUGUGCAUAACUAUAAAAUGCCCUCCGCCGGGGAUAUUAUACGCCUCAUCGAAGGCCAUUUCCACGAGAAGGCGGAGGAGCUCGCGGUGCAGCUGGGUAAGGUGGAGAAAGUGGCUCUCACUGCUGAUUUCUGGACGGCCCUCCCUUUUCAGAGGUACAUUACGGUUUUCUGUUCAUUCAUAACAGAGGACUGGCAGGGAAGGUCAGCUGUGCUGCAGACACACAAGGUAUCGGACAGUCACACUACUACAGACAGUGUCGCGGAGAAGCUCCUAAAAACCGUGCAGGCCUGGGGCAUUGCUGGGAAAGUGACGGCGUGUGUUCACAACCACGCACAGGACGCCCUGUCAGCCCAUGCGUGUGCCCAUGUCACCUGGGAUUACGCCACUUGCUUUGCCACCACGUUGCAGUUUGCGGUGAGCGACGGGCUGUGCGAGGAUCUAGUCCGGAUCAUUGCGGCUGCGGGGAAACUGGUCAAGCACUUCAAUCACAGCCUGCUGGCGAGCGAGGCCUUGGAGCAGAAGCAAGUUCAGAUGUGCCUGCCACAGCACAAGCUCGUCCAGUCGAGCAAAGCCAGAUGGGACACGAUCUGCGAUAUGUUCGAACGGUUACUUGAGCAACGGUGGGCGAUUAAAGCGGUCCUCUCCGAUCGCACGGUCACCAACAGACAGGAAGCCCAGACGCUUGAGAUUGAAGAUGACUGCUGGCAGAUAAUCGAGAAUUUCACACCUGUGCUGGCGACGCUCAAAUGGGCAACAACAGUCAUGUCUGCUGAAACGGAGGUGUCCAUUUCAAACAUCUACCCAAUCACCUUCAGCCUCAUUCAAACCCACCUUGUGCCAAAAGAGAAUGACGUUGAACAGGUCUCUGAGUUCAAGCUGAAAGUUCAGAAGUCACUUAGAAAUCACAUGGAGGUUGACUCCAAUGACCUAGCCUCCAAACCGGCUCUGAUCGCUUCUAUGCUGGACCCUCGUCACAAACAUCUCAGCUUCCUGACGCCAACGGGGAGACUGGCUGCAAAGGUGAAACUGCACGAACUGGUCUCAAAAUUAGAUGUGAGAAACGCCACCGUCUGCCCAAAGGAUGAACAGCAGGAGACCUUGAUCACACCUGAUGUAAGUCAGGUGGCUAUGCCCUCACAAAUGAAAAGUGACACCAAAAACACUAUGAUGUUGCUCCUAGGAGACAACUACAGUUCUUCCUAUGCCACAGACUCUGAGGCUCAGGUAGAUUACUACUUGAGAGACAUUGCUCCCUCGUUGGACAUAAACCCUCUUGACUGGUGGAGGGUGAACGGACCGAGAUUCCCCAAACUGGCCACUCUGGCAAGACACUAUUUGUGUGUACCUGGGGUAGCACUGCCCUCUUUACUGUCAGAGGCAGGACAAACAUUUGCAACAAUGCGCACAAGACUGAGCCCAGAGCAUGUUGACAUGAUGAUCUUUGUUAACAGAAAUGCAUAACUUGCAUGACCCUACAUGAUGGAGAUGUACCCUGAUUUACCAUACUAAUAAUGAAAUAAGGCAAGUUAGGUAGACACUUUGAUGAGUCAGGGAGGAUGGGGAGAUGGCAGGGCUAUUAAAAGAGCAGGUACUCUCUCUCUCUCCUAGUGAUUUGUCUCACUUGACUGAAUGACUCACACUCCUGACUUAAUAAAUGACGUCAGCUACAUCUGAGUAAACAUGAGGAGACAAUAAAUUCUUGCCACUGAACAACAAAAACCACAGGCAAACAUCUAGUGGAGGCUGCCAGCAAUGUAUCAAGCUGUACAGGUAUAAUGUUUUAUACAUUAUAGUUCCAAACAUGCAUUUUAAAUAGAUUUCAAAAUAAAGAUAAAUACUGAAUAUUUGUAUUAGAAAUACAGCUAGAAACAAACUGACCAAACUAACCACUAUAUUAUUACCAGUAUUAAUGUGGUGUCUGUUGUGUCUCUCAGUAUGCUAUGCCAAUAAAAUA